GCGGGGGAAUCCCGCCCCGCCCCUCCCGCGCGGCGCCAACAUGGCGGCUGUUGGCAGCGGCCGGUGAGGCGGUACCGGGCGGGGCUGUCGGGUGUCAUGGGCGGUGGCGGCGGUACCGCCCCCAUGUCUCCCUGAGCGGGACGGCGUGGGGGGGGCCUCUACGCCGAGCCGGGCGAUGGAGGAGAGCGGCGAGCUGGGCGGUCUGGAGACCAUGGAGACGCUCACGGAGCUGGGCGACGAGCUGACCCUGGGGGACAUCGACGAGAUGCUGCAGUUCGUCAGCAAUCAAGUGGGAGAGUUCUCGGACUUGUUCUCAGAGCCGCUGUGCGGCUCCUUCCCGGGCGCCGGGACGGCUGGCAGCGGCAGCGGUGGCGGUGGCAGCGGCGGCAGGAACAGCAGCGGGAGCCGGGGUGGUGGGAGCAGCGGAGCCAGCGAGCCGUCCAUGCCCCGCCCCUUCAACCAGGUCCCCUUAGCCUCCUUCUCCCCCUCCACGGCGCCCCCCCAGGCUCCCGCCCUGCAGGUCAAAGUGUCCCCUCCCACCAUCCCCACCCCGCCCAGGGCCACUCCCGUGCUCCAGCCGCGCCCCCAGCCGCAGCCGCAGCCCCCCGCCCCACUGCAGCAGCAGACCGUGAUGAUCACCCCAACCUUCAGCACCGCGCCCCAGACCAGGAUCAUCCAGCAGCCUCUGAUAUACCAGAACGCAGCGACCAGCUUCCAAGUCCUUCAGCCACAGGUUCAGAGCCUGGUGACGCCCUCGCAGGUGCAGCCUGUCACUAUCCAGCAGACGGUGCAGGCCCAGCGGGUGCUGACGCAGACGGCCAGUGGCACACUACAGACCCUCGCCCCAGCGGCCGUGCAGGCGGUGGCCGCGCCCCAAGUGCAGCAGGUGCCGGUCCUGGUACAGCCUCAGAUCAUCAAGACAGACUCCCUGGUUUUGACCACACUGAAGACAGAUGGCAGCCCGGUCAUGGCCGCCGUCCAGAACCCGGCCCUCACCGCCCUCGCGGCCCCCAUCCAGACGGCCGCCCUGCAAGUCCCGACCCUGGUUGGCAGCAACGGGACCAUUCUUACCACAAUGCCAGUGAUGAUGGGGCAAGAGAAAGUGCCCAUUAAGCAGGUCCCCGGCGGAGUCAAGCAGCUUGAGCCCCCCAAAGAGGGGGAAAGGCGGACGACACAUAACAUCAUCGAGAAGCGGUAUCGCUCCUCCAUCAAUGACAAAAUCAUCGAGUUAAAGGACCUGGUCAUGGGGACAGACGCCAAAAUGCACAAGUCGGGCGUCCUGCGCAAGGCCAUCGACUACAUCAAGUACCUGCAGCAGGUCAACCACAAGCUGCGCCAGGAGAACAUGGUCCUGAAGCUGGCCAGCCAGAAGAGCAAGCUCCUCAAGGGCAUUGACCUCGGCAGCCUGGUGGACAGUGAAGUGGACCUGAAGAUUGAUGACUUCAACCAGAACGUCCUCCUCAUGUCCCCGCCGGCCUCCGACUCGGGCUCCCAGGCCGGCUUCUCCCCCUACUCCAUCGACUCGGAGCCGGGCAGCCCUCUGCUGGAUGAUGCGAAGGUCAAAGAUGAGCCGGACUCUCCGCCCGUGGCGCUGGGCAUGGUGGAUCGCUCGCGCAUCCUGCUCUGCUUCCUCACCUUCCUGUGCCUGUCCUUCAACCCCCUGACGGUCCUGCUGCGCUGGGGCGGGGCCGGCGACGCGGAGCAGCACCCCUACUCGGGCUCCGGACGCAGCAUCCUGUCGCUGGAGGCAGGUUCUGGCAGCUGGUUCGACUGGAUGUUGCCGACGCUGCUGCUGUGGCUGGUGAAUGGGGUCAUCGUCCUGAGCGUCUUCGUGAAGCUGCUGGUCCACGGGGAGCCAGUGAUCCGGCCUCACUCGCGCUCCUCCGUCGCCUUCUGGCGGCACCGGAAGCAGGCGGACCUGGACCUCGCCAGGGGGGACUUCGCGGCGGCAGCUGCCAACCUGCAGACGUGCCUGUCGGUGCUGGGCCGCGCCCUGCCCGCGUCCCGCCUGGACCUGGCCUGCAGCCUCUCCUGGAACGUGAUCCGCUACAGCCUGCAGAAGCUGCGGCUGGUGCGCUGGCUGCUCAAGAAGGUGGUCCAGCGCUGGCAGGCCACGCCGGCCACGGCCGCCGGCUUUGAGGACGAAGCCAAGACCAGCGCCCGCGACGCCGCCCUGGCCUAUCACAGGCUGCACCAGCUGCACAUCACAGGGAAGCUUCCGGCCGGCUCGGCCUGUUCUGACGUGCACAUGGCCCUGUGUGCCGUGAACCUGGCCGAGUGCGCCGAGGAGAAGAUCCCCCCUGGCACGCUGGUCGAGAUCCACCUGGCCGCCGCCCUGGGCCUGCAGACGCGCUGCGGCGGCAAGCUGGGCUUCCUGGCGAGCUACUUCCUGAGCCGCGCCCAGAGCCUGUGCGGGCCAGAGCGCAGCGCCGUGCCCGACUCCCUGCGCUGGCUCUGCCACCCCCUGGGCCAGAAGUUCUUCACGGAGCGCAGCUGGUCGGCCAAGGCCACCGCCAAGGAGAGUCUGUACUGCACCCAGAGGAACCCAGCCGACCCCAUCGCCCAGGUGCACCAGGCCUUCUGCAGGAACCUUCUAGAGCAGGCGGUGGAGUCUUUGGUGAAGCCUCAGGCCAAGAAGAAGGCCGGAGACCCGGAGGAAGAGAGCUGCGAGUUCUCCAGUGCUCUGGAGUACCUGAAGUUACUCCAUUCUGUUGUGGACUCCGUGGAGGCCGUGAGCGCCCCCUUCUCCAGCAGCUCCGUGCUCAAGUCCGCUCUGGGCCCAGACCUCGUCUGCCGGUGGUGGGUGUCUGCGAUCACGAUGGCCAUCCGCUGGCUCCAGGGAGACGACGCGGCUGUGCGCACCCAUUUCACGGAAGUGGAGCGCGUGCCCAAGGCCCUGGAAGUGACUGAGAGCACCCUGGUGAAGGCCGUGCUGCACACGUGCAGGGCCAUGCACGCCUCCCUGCCCGGGAAAGGCGACGGGCAGCUCAGCGCCCUAGGCCACUGCGAGCGGGCCAGCGGCCACCUGUGGAGCAGCCUCAACGUCACUGGCACGUCCUGCGACCCCACCCUCAACCACGUGGUCCAGCUGCUGACCUGUGACCUGCUGCUGUCCCUGCGGACGGCGCUCUGGCAGAAGCAGGCGGGGGCCAGCCAGGCCCUGGGCGACACCCACCACGCGUCGGGCACCCAGCUGGCCGGCUUUCAGCGGGACUUGGGCAGCCUGCGCCGGCUGGCACACAACUUCCGGCCGGCCUACCGAAAGGUGUUCCUGCACGAGGCCACCGUGCGGCUGAUGGCGGGCGCCAGCCCCACGCGCACCCACCAGCUGCUGGAGCACAGCCUGCGGCGGCGCACGGCCCCCAGCACCAAGCACGGCGAGGCGGACGCCUGGCCCGGCCAGCGUGAGCGGGCCACCGCCAUCCUGCUGGCCUGCCGCCACCUGCCCCUGUCCUUCCUCUCGUCGCCGGGCCAGCGCGCCGUGCUGCUGGCCGAGGCCGCCCGCACCCUGGAGAAGGUGGGCGACCGGCGCUCCGGUGACUGCCAGCAGCUGAUCGUCAAGCUGGGGGGCGGCACGGCCAUCGCCGCGUCCUGACCACCGGCCCUGCUCGCGCCCGGUCUCGCGCCCUCCCGACCCCUCACCCCUGCCCCAUCUCUCUACCCCCCCCCCCCGUCUCUCGCCCCUUCAUCUCUGCCUCUCUCCUCUGUGACUCAGUUUCUCCCUCGGGAGCCCUGUCUGCUGAGCUCUCCCGCCAAGGCUCUCGGGCCAGCUCGCACGCCCGCGCCCCCCGCCCCGCGCUGCUGGAGGCUGAAAGGUGGGGGCCACGGGAGCUGGGGGCCCCUGAGGUGGGAGCAGCAGCAGAGCCUCCCCGCCCCCCACCGCCCCUUCCCGCCCCUCGUUUUUAUGAGUCUCCCUCUGGGGGUCUGCGCCCCCGCUCCCUUUUUAUACAGAUGUUUUUAUACCAGUGUGCUUGGUUUGCCGUGGUGCAGGGCCGCGUGGCUGGCCCCUGGCCCGCCUCCCCGAACCCGUCCCCUCCCGUGCCGCGUGGCGCCUGGGCGACGACACAGGGCAGCCGGGAGACGGGCGGGAGGCAGGGCCAGGCCUGGGGUGGAUGAAAUAAUGUCGGCAUUAUUUUUUAAUUUUUUUAAGAAAUAAAUGGUAUCUUAUUUAAUUGUCCUGUUCCGUCCCACUGCCCCCGCCCCCAGAUGUAUGCCCCGCCCGCCCCGCUCUGGGGAGGCCCUGGGGGGCUGGGGGCUGAUUCAGCAUGGGCUUGAAUCCCCUUCACCCCCACCCCUACCUCUGGUCUGAUUUCACCCCUGUAAGUGGGGGGCUGACUCCCACGGCCCCGAGCAGGCCCCUUUGCGGGUGAACACAGGUUGCCUGAGGUGGGUCCUACCUCGAAGGGGGUCCUGGAGGAACAUGGCUGCACUUUUUGGGGUCCCCCGACCCCAAGGUCAUUUCCACCGGGGCCUGAGGGCUGCUGCCCUCCCUCCAUACGCCCCUCCCCGCGGCCUGGACGGGCGUGAGGAAGAGGAAUGGGGCCUCGGGGCCACAGAUGGGGCCCCUUUGGGGGCCCUCUGGGGCCUCCCCCCUCGCCCCGCCCCCCGCCUGUGUAGAUUGCCUUUUCUCGUGGUUGCUGGGGGACGGGAGGGGGGUCCUGACGGGCUGCCUCUGGCUUCAUCCCCGUGUCUUGGACGAAGACCCUUCAAUAAACACAGCUUGGUACCACCCA